AUAAAGCUGUGCGAGAACGGCGGCCCUCCGCCGGAAGUCCCAAAGGUUACCUCCAGCACUGGAAACGUUGAGAGCUGAGUUUGCCUGUGGAGUCUUGUGUCGCCGUAGCGGUUUCUCUGGUCAUCCUUGGGGAGAAAUGUCGUCCAUAAAAAAGGAGAUAAUUUCUGGACUCCACUCUUCCGCUGCAGAGGGAGAUAUUGCCAAGUUGGCAGGCAUACUCAGCCAUUCUCCUUCUCUUCUCAACACAGCCUCUGACAAUGGCUGGACUGCCUUAAUGUACGCUGCAAGGAACGGGCAUGCCGAUGCCGUCCAGCUUCUGCUUGAGAAAGGAUGUGACAGAUCACUUGUCAAUAAGUCAAGGCAAACUGCACUAGAUAUCGCUGUAUUUUGGGGCUAUAAGCAUAUAGCUAACAUGUUAGCUAAUGCAAAAGGUGGGAAGAAGCCAUGGUUCCUAACCAAUGAAGUGGACGAAUGCGAAAAUUAUUUUAGCAGAACGCUACUGGACCGGAAAAGUGAGAAAAGAAAUAAUUCUGAUUGGCUACAAGCUAAAGAGAGCCACCCAGCCACGGUCUAUAUCCUCUUCUCAGACUUAAACCCCCUGGUUACUCUAAGUGGGAACAAAGAGAGUUCACAGCAGCCGGAAGUCAGGCUCUGCCAGCUGAACUAUGCAGAUGUCAAGGAGUACUUGGCUCACCCUGAGAAGAUCACCUUGGUGUUCCUUGGAGUCGAACUUGAGAUGAGAAAAGGAUUGCAUAAUGAUGCUGGUGGAGGAGGAGUCCCCUUGGACGAUGAGGAUGGUUUGGUUGCUUGGUUUGCUCUCAGCAUAGAAGCUGUUGCCGCUGAGGAGUUUAAGCAAAGACAUGAAAACUGUUAUUUUCUUCACCCUCCAAUGCCAGCUCUUUUGCAGUUGAAAGAAAAAGAAGCCGGUGUUGUAGCUCAAGCAAGAUCUGUCCUUGCAUGGCACAGUCGAUACAAGUUCUGCCCAACCUGUGGCAGCGCAACCAAAAUCGAAGAAGGUGGCUAUAAAAGAGUGUGUUUAAGAGAGAACUGCCCUAGUCUCCAUGGCGUCCACAAUACAUCUUAUCCGAGAGUUGAUCCAGUCGUAAUCAUGCAGGUUAUCCAUCCAGAUGGAACCAAAUGUCUUUUAGGCAGGCAAAAGCGAUUUCCCCCAGGCAUGUUUACUUGUCUCGCUGGAUUUAUUGAACCUGGGGAGACAAUAGAAGAUGCUGUGCGGAGAGAAGUAGAGGAGGAAAGUGGAGUCAAAGUUGGCCAUGUUCAGUAUGUCUCUUGUCAGCCAUGGCCAAUGCCCUCCUCUUUAAUGAUUGGUUGCUUAGCUGUGGCAGUGUCCACAGAAAUUCAAGUUGACAAGAAUGAAAUAGAGGAUGCCCGUUGGUUCACUAGAGAACAGGUUAUGGAUGUUCUUACCAAAGGGAAGCAGCAAGCUUUCUUUGUACCACCAAGCCGGGCUAUUGCUCACCAGUUAAUCAAACACUGGGUUGGAAUGAACCCCAGUCUCUAAAUGAAAAAUAAUAGCAUCUGUUGGAGUAUUAUUUCAUUUCUAAUACUAUCUAUUUUCAAAUAAGCUUAGCUGUAUUUAUUGAUCAUUAAAUUUUGUAAAAUUUGGGGGAGGGGCUCAAAAAUAUUUUAAGUAUUCUUUCCAUUAUUAAUUAUGAAAUCCAUAGUUUUGUAAAUUAGAAUGAUGCCUCAGAUUUUCUUAAAUUUAGAGCAAGCCUGUGAACAAUUUUGUUGUGGGUCACAAUUUUAUCUCCUAAAACUGCAUUCCUAUGAAGAAAGGUCAUGUUGGGAUGAAGUGUGCUCUAGAAACAGGAUGAACAUGAAGCUACAGCUUGCAAAGAUGAGAUUCCUUGUUGGAGAAAUGCGUCAACAGAGCUUUAAUGGGGCUGGAGCUCCAGGGUGUUUUUAAUGGGGCUGGAGCUCCAGGGUGUUUUUAAUGGGGCUGGAGCUCCAGAGUGUUUUUAAUGGGGCUGGAGCUCCAGGGUGUUUUUAGUCCUCUCAUUCCUGUCCCCCUGGCCUCGUGGACUAGUGGUAGGACUGUUAAAGUUACUUCUAGUUUAGCCUGACUAGUGUUCAGAAUGGUUUAUUCUAACAAUUUACCCUUACUGACCUCAGAAUACAAUAGUCAUGUGUGGGCAACUAACACCACUGUUUCUAGGACCUCACUUUUAAAUCAAAAGCUAACUACUACAUCUGUCUGGUUUAAUUCUACUUAAAAUUGUGACUAAGUUAAGUGAAGAUUCUAUAGUUUUCCACUGGACUUUAACAUUUUAGAAAGGAAUCCCUGAAGUUCGGGAACUAAAUUUCAAGUAUAUUUACAUACUAAAUAAAUCACUGGUUGUAUUUAAUUUUCUGAAGAGGGAUGUAUUAUAUAUAUUCCCAUCAGUAUUCAUUACACUGAAAUAUGAUAUCUUAGUUUUGGCCUUAUUUCAUCACAUUCUAAGCACCCUUAAUUAGUAUAUUUUAGAAUCGAAUUGCUAAAAUCUUUGGGAAGUAAUUGGAGUAUGUCACAGUUUUACAGUAUAGCCACAUAUAUUUUACUUGGUUGUUCUGCAGUUGUUUAUAUAAAUGUACACAUUUUCCAUCUUCACUCUUCUGUUCGAACUUGAAGAGACCUUAGGCACAAUAAAUGUUGAACAUAAUGAAUGUAACAGUUUGUAGUCUGCACAUAAGAACUAGAUUUUUUCUGUAGUGGGAAACAGAAAUUAUUACCAGAAACAUCUAUAGAAUAGGGGCUAGAAAAUGGCUCCAUCACUAAGGCGCUUGCUGUGCAAGCAUGAGGACUUAAGUUCAGAUCCUCUGCACCCUUUAAGGAUUGGAUUUAGAGACAUGAAUAUCUAAUCCCAGAUUUAAAGAGGCAGUGUACCCUGGGGGCUUGUCCAGUCAGUCUAAUGAAUCGGUAAACUCAAUGAGAGUCCUUGUCUCAAAACACAAGGUGGAAGACUGGAGAUGGCUCAGUGAUGAAGAACACUUUCCAUUCUUGGGGAGGACCAGAGUUUUGUUCUCAAGAUCUUCCUCAGGCAACUCAAUCCACCUGCAACUACAGCUCCAAGGCAUCCAGCACCAUCUCCUGACCUCCUCAGGCACCUGCAGGCAUGUUUACAUGAGACACAGACACAUGCAUAGAAUGACUGAAGAGGAUCCUGACUUCCACCUCUGGCCUACACACACACACACACACACACACACAAACACACACACACACACGUUGAAUAGGUUAAAAGGAGUGCUAAUAGGAAGAAUUAGUUUAUCAAAUAUCAUUCAUAUUUUUAACUGAAAUAUAACUUUCUCAGAGAAUUUAUUGCACAAAUGAAUAUUCUUGUCUAGUUAAUGAAAUCUUAUUAGAAUCAGUACCAUAGGUCAAACCAAAACCUACACAGGACAUUUAUGUACUUGGUAAGUUGGAGCUAUAUAGCUAUACUGAACUAAUAUACUUUGAUUAUUAUGAAAUAUGAUCUAUUGAAGUUUAUUUUUGUUCCAAAUGUGCUUUUAAAUACUUGUUGACUCUGGUGUCCUUAAUGUUAAAAAGCAGAGUCAAAUACAGAUGUCAAAAUGUAUAGAUUUAGUUUUAGUUUCCUUCUAUACUUGUAGAAAAUCAAUGAGUAAAUUACUGUGUUUGGUUUGGUUUGGUUUUGGUUUUUUGACACAGGGUUUCACUGUGUAACAGC